ACAAAUAACAAAAGUAAACGCACUUUGCUCUUACACAACUUGCUUGCAAAUAGCACUUUUCUCUCUCUCUCUCUCACACACACACACACUCUCUCUCUCUCUUGUAUCCUUUCCAUUUUUCUCUUUCUUUUUCCCAAAUCUAAUCAAUACAAAUUCAAGGGUUUUUUGAUUCAUUGUCAUAACCAAAUCCUCCAUUUUCCUUCACAUUAAGAGAAGGAAAAGAAAGGAGAAAAAAAAAAGCAGAAGAAUUCUUGGAGUGAUGCUUUGUUGUGUUUUUUCAUGAGCUAAACAAAGACCCCUUUAUUUAUUUUAUCAUAAAGAUUGGAUUUUUAAUGCAUAUCCAAUUACCCUUAUUGUUUUCUUGAGGAUUUGAAAAUCAAGAAUCUUGAAAUUCCCUAUUUUAUUGUCGAUUGGGAGCUGAAUUUUUGUCAAAUCUUGGAAUUUUCUUGUAAAGUUUUGAGCUUUUUGAGGAUUUUGAUGAAAUGGAGUUGUUGUUUUUGCAUUGGAGUAAUUUUCUUGAGGUUCUUUAGGUAAAUUUUAGGAGGAAAAUUUGAUUUUUAUUGAGUGUUUGGGAUAAAUGGAUAUUAAAAAUAAUAAAGAAUUUAAAGGGGAGAAAAUUCAGUAUGUAGAUAGUAUGGAAGCUCCUAAAUCUAUGUUGAAUGGGGAAAAAGAUGAAGAUGAUGAGUCUAAAGCACUGUUACCUCCUUCUAGGAAAGGUGGUUUGUCAAAAAAGAUAGCUAAACCAAAGAGGAAAGUUCAGUGGAAUGAUACAAAUGGGAAUAAACUUACUGAGGUUUUGGAAUUUCAGCCAAGUGAUGCAAGUGACUCAGAUGAUGAUGAAUCAGAUUCUUGCAUUUGUAGAAUAAUGUAGUUCUUAUUAAAUGCACUACCAAACCAGUUGUGAAUCAAAAAUGUUGAAUCGCCUUUGAUUCACGCCUUAUAUAGCAUACAAUAACAGCAGUUUUUAAGAGAGUUUUGGUUCAAGUUAGUUGGCACCUCGAGCCAAAUGAUACGACCCUUUCCUUGUACACAGUCAGAUAGAGAGAAUGACUUCCUCUAUUGUAUAAUGUAUAUGAGUGCUUCGGGUUUUAGUAGAUAACAUACAGAACCUUCGGGUUUUCUUGUUUCUCUUUUGCUUAAUUGUGAUGUAUAUGAGUGCUGAGUCUUACAUAUGAUGACGAAUGUAUUCUAGCGUAUAGCCGGAUGCAUUGCAAAGAAUGAUUUUGUAACAUCUUUCUUUCUUUUUUCA